AUGACAUUUAGAUUUCAAUGGGAGAGUCAUGGCCGACCACCAGGAGCAGAUGUUGCAGCAAUAGCUAAUGCAGCUAGAAUUAGAACAGAAGUAGUAUAUACAAUAAGUUCUACAGGUGAUCUCUAUGAAUAUGAUAAGAGCUCAAGGCCAUCAUGGAAGAAGCAUAUACAGAAUGAAGAAAUAGAAAAGGAUGGUUCUCUGUUACCAUUACUGGGCUGCACUGUACAUCGCUUUAGUGGAGAUCACUUUGUAUCCUUGUUUCUCCUAACAAAGGGAGGUAAAUUGGUAGAGAGACGACUACAUCAAAGGAAAUGGAAAUGGAUAAUCCAUGGAAGUCCAGAAGAUCAUCACCUGACGUCUAUUACUUCCUUGCUGGAAGAUGAGCCAAAUGAAAGGCUCUUCUCAUUGUUUCUCACUACAUCCACUGGAUCAGUAUUUGAGUAUCGAAUACCAAAACAGUCAGGUACAGCUCAAGAGAACCAAAUUUCAGAAGCAUGGCUGAAUCACAAUCAUCCACCGAACACAAAGGCUGCAAGAGGUAUUCCAGGACUAAAAUUUCAACUUGGCAGGACACUGUUUGCACUGGAUGACGGUAGACUUGCGGAGUUACAUAUACCUGGCCUAGGUGGUGAAAAUUCAGGACCAACACAUCAACUUAACGUGCGGAAAAAAUUAUCAUCCAAGUAUGUCUGGUCAAUAUUAGAUGCCCCUGAGACAGAAGGAUGGAAUGCAGAGUAUUGCACAGAGGAACGUGGACCUACGAAUUGCAUAGCAGGUAUAAAAGAUGAACCAAAUGAUUCAGGAAAUACAAGAUCACUGACAAGAAGGAGAAAGGGUAAUAAAGCACAACAGGAUUACUUAUCUCUAGUCACAUCUAGGAGUAGAUUAGCGAAAGCAUCAAAAGAAUAUAGUUUCCCAGAUAACUGGAUCAACACUAACUUCCGACUGAGGGUGAUGCAAGCAGGUGUAUCAUUUUUUAUCAUAACAGAUGGUGGUUUGACCUUCGAAUAUCUUUACACUGAAAGUGCAUGGCUCUGGUUAAGACACGAUCAUUCAACACCUAUGAAAGGUGCCCUAGGAAACUACAAUGGAAGUUUACUUUUUGUUGAUGUGUAUGGAACCUUGCUUAUCAGAGAGAGGAGCAGCAAUGAGCUGGCAUGGAUAAAUUGCACCGCAAUGAGGAAGGGAAGACAAGUUAUUGGAGGCCCGCCUUGGGAUGGUAUGCCUGGUAAACUGAAAGUCACAGCAGAAGAUUCACUCUUCUUUGUGAGCAAAAGCGGAAAACUACUGCAGUUCACGGUUGCCCAGAGGAAGUUCAAAUGGAAAGAUUGCCGAAACCCUCCAGAAACCAAACUUGCAUGCAUAAUAGACCAGGAAAUCUUUAGGGAAAAUAUAGUGUUUGUGGUUGGAAGAAAUGGCAGGCUCUACCAGUAUAACAAAGUGACUGAGUUGUGGCAUGAGCAUCACCAAUCUCAGCAUUUGGUUCUAUCCAUGUCGCCAGGAACUGCUAUGAGGCCUUCAUUCUUUUCACUAAUAGGUUCACUUUUCAUGCUUUCAGAAAAUGGUGGACUAGUUGAAUAUCACUGGAAUGCAUGGGAUGGCUGGAUCUGGGUGGAACAUGGCACUCCAUGUAAAGAUGUUACCUUGGUUGCUCCUCCCGGCCCAUGUUUUGAAGGCAAUCAACUGUUUUUGAUAGGUUCAGACGGAAAUGUAUACCUAAGGUACAUGGACCAAUUGACAUGGAGAUGGAAAAACUGUGGUUUUGCACAUAAUGGAGUCAAAGCUACCGAAGAUCAAACAGAAAUGGGAGCACAAGAUAGAAAUCAAGAAGUUUGUACUGAUAAUGAUCUCACAGCUAGUUUAGAUGACGAUAUGGAGAAUUCAAAUGACCCCAAUGGAAACUGUGACCCAAAGGUUUGUAUCCAGCUAUUCACAUACACUUAUUCCUACCUCUCAGUAGAAAAUAAUAAUAUUAAACUGACUUUUAAAUCUCUACAAACACAUACAGGUUGCUCCUACAAGACCAAUUCCAUUUUCUGAAGAUUCGGUUAUAUUCGAGCUAAGAGAUGGCAGAGUAAGUAAUCAAACAAUAAUUCAUGCCAUGGUUCUAAUAUCCAACAUCUUAUUAAUUAUCCAAACUGAACAAAACAUAGCCAUACGCGGUAUAUAAUAAACUUCAUGAACCUGCCAUAUAAAGAGACAAAUUCCAAAAAAAAAAAAAAUGUCAUCACAAAUUAUAACUCUCCAAAUAGCAGGAAAAAAUAAAGUUCAUUAAAUCAAUUUCCUCAAGUUUCCCAAUAAAAAAAUAUGUCAGGAUCAAAAAAUGAAUAAGAAGCUAAUGCAAAUUAUUAAAUGGUGCAGUUGGCAGAAAUUCGGAGAAUUCAGGACUCACAGUGGGUUUGGGUGAGGAUUAUUAGCACUCCAACAAGCUCAUGCACAACAAGUUAUUGGACUGCUUUGGCAUCAUGAACAAUUCAACAACACCCCCCAAAAAAAGGCUUUUUGUUAGUCUAACAAUUAUUACUGCAGCACACAUUAGAAUUAAGAUAUAAACUUGAAUUGAACGUAUGUUAAACAAACUACAGAAUUUUACACAUUGUACGGCACUAUAAACUUAAAAAAAAAAAAAAAUCCAAAUAUGAGCAAAAUUUCAGAAUUUUAUUUUUUCAACUCAAUUAGAUUAAUAUCAAGAAUUUUAAUUAUGAGUAAAUUCAAGGUUCUCAUGUUCACUAAAGAAUAAAAAAGAAUCAAAAGUUUUUGUUAAAACGGUCUGUUUAAUUCAAAAACAAAAAGAAAUUUACCUAAACUUGAAAUUGGAGAGAUUGAACAACUUGAAGCAUAGCUUUCCAAGUGAAAAAUCAAGCUCUUUUUGUUUUAUAUUUUCGAGGAAGCAUAAAAAAUUCUAAGCAACAAUUGAGAUAAUAUUUUUCAUUUUUUUUAAAGUUUGGCCCUUUUCGCCUACUUCGGGUUGCGACCCGGGUUUAAAACUGAAAAAAGAUAACAAAACGGCAACGUUUUCAGACCUGUUCUGUUUUUCAUUUUUCUCUUUUUUUGGGUCUGGAAAUCCAUUAAUGGAAUCAUCAAUGGUGGUUUCCAGGGAUAGAAGUAAUAGUAGUAGGUUAGCAACGACGACUUUUUGGGGGUGGUUGUUGGUUGGAACCGGAUCCCUUGUCUUGCCUGGAUUUCUCUUCACCGCUUUUAUCUCGAAGGUUCUUCCGCCGUCGAAUUAUCCUCUUAUUGCAGCUAUCCAAAAAGACCGAUAUUACUGCUACUUGGUGCCCUUAACAAUUCCUGUACUUGUGGUUGCUGUAUAUUUCCAUUGGCUUAGCAUGAAAUUAUUCAAGCAUGCAUGACCAACGAAUCCGAGGAAACAAAGAAAUGAUUAUGAGAAGCAAACUGAGUUAGCUGCUCCAUAAUGGCAGUUUGGACAUACGAGUAAUUCGAGUUCUUUUGUUUUUCUUCUUGUUGUGUGCGAAUAAAUAGAAAGUUAUCAGAUAGCAGAGGUAGAAUUAGAUGGAACAUUUUGCAGUUCCUUGCAAUAAUCCCUUCUUCCACAUAGGUUUAUGCUUCUACUUUGUAUUAGUGGCGGGCUUUGCUGUUUGAUUUACGAGUCUCAUUUGUAAUCACAAUGCUGCAUUGCAAUGAGAAGCUGGUUUUUGUUUACUUCACUGCUUAUAUUAAAUCCAACGCUGGAAUAAA